AUGCACCGAGCUGGCCUUACCGCCCUAGCCCUCGCGGCUCUGGCCUCCGCAGCCCCCAUCUCCGAACCGACGAAGACGGUGGAGAGACGGCAAUUUGAGUGGACCAACCCGGGCACCUGGUUCCCCGGACCAGGUACCCAACCGCCACCACCGACCUUCACCCUCCUACCGCCCAUCACCGGAGGUCUCGAGCCCUCGACCAAGAAGCGCCAGGACUUCGUGAUCUUCCCCCCCAUCACCGGCGGUCUCGAACCAUCCGACAAGAAGCGUCAAGACACGGUGAUUCUCCCACCCAUCACCGGCAGCAUGGACCCAUCAGACAAGAAGAAGCGUCAGGACACAAUCGGCAUCGGCGACGGGACAACAGACCCGGUGAAGGCGCACAUCAUCGCCCUGGAGCUGCAGUACGAAACGCUGCUCCACGCGUUCGGCCCGCACCCGCCUAAGUCCGUAGCCAACCGCAUCGCCGCCAUCAAGGACGAGCUCCUCACCAAGUACGGCAUCACAAUCGUCCAGUCUCCCGACGGCACCACGACUACCUUCGUCCCCGGCAAGCGCGACCUGCCCAUCGACGAGGGCCUCCCCGACGGCCCCUUCUUCCCGGCCCCGGGCUUCCCCGGAGGCUCCAUGAGCCCCGACCCCGUGGUUCCGGGCGGUCCCAUCGAGGUCAGCGAUUAA